GUCCGACAAAUGGGUAUGUAAUAGUAUCCAAGAAGAUGGACCUUCAAAAAUACAUAAUAAACGACUUUCCCCCCUCAAUAUCUUAUAAACCAUCUGUCCAACAAUGCGUGUGCUCUGGUCAAGAAUGACUCGUUGGAUCAAAAGGGUCCUGUGCAUCGUUCAUCUCCUUAAACGGCGAGGAUCCCCUGACGAACAACCACCUUUGCCUCCGCUCCUAGAACUCCCAAUCGAUAUUUUCCGACUCAUAUUACCACACUUACCGCUCGUCUCACAUGCUUGCCUCGCGCUCACCUGCAAGCCUCUGUAUAGACUCUUACGCUGCGUCUUUGACGAUGAACGGCUAGCCUGGCCAAGACUUUUGGCCAGCAGAUCAUACGAGCUGAUUGGGAGCCAGCCGCAUCUUCCAAGAAACGAGCUCUUACUAAAGCUUGAAGAUAACCGCUGGAUGUACUGCAGCGGCUGCCUCAAGCUUCAUCUAAAGAAUCGUUUUACUCUAUCCCUACCAAAUGACCCACCAUCAGAUCGACUAUGCAACUAUAAUGUGUGGGUUGUUGAUGUAUGCGCCUGUCUUGCUCUGACCUUCUUCCAUGGCAUACAACUAGUCGAGUGGCUAGAAACAGGAACCCCCAGUCUCAAUCUUCACCGAAACAUCCAUUCAAUGUGCACUGGACGAAACCGCACAACCUUUCUGGAUCGACCGUCGAGGAACCAUACCGGCCAUCCAAAAAUACUGAUCCCGUAGCUCUCUGCCCACACCUUCAUGCGAUUGCUUGGCUAUACUCGCCCAGCAGGCGCUCUAGGAACGAGUGCGGUUGUUGCGAUACAAUGUAUUACUUGCUUGGUCGUUCCAAUGAUGGCCUCCACUGUGUUGUCAAGGGCGUGCGCAAUUUAGGAGAUAUUCGCGUUGCUUCAUCCGUUGCUUCAUCCGUGAACUGGUGGUUCGGUUCUCGGAGACCCUUGAACGCAAUGUGGAGAUAUUGGUAUUCGAGUCGUUUUCGUCGAUGGUGAUGUUCGGGGGGCCGCCAUCACGCCUCGUGCGCGUUCGGAGGCAAUCGACCAACUGGUGACCGUUGUUCCUGGUAAUUACUUGGUCCUUUUGUUUCCAGCUUUUGUGUAGGUUUUGUGUGUUAUCGACAUGAUCUAUCAACAUUCAGCAACUCCGGCUCUUUUGUCGUUUGUGCUAAUGAAUGCAUUUGUACUAGAAAUGAGAG